AAGUAAUAUGUUUGCGCCUCUGCUUUUUGUCUCAAUCCAUGUCCACCGUUAUCCAUCCCCAAAAGCGCCCUUUCCUCCGCCACUGUUUCCCUAUCAAACCACCGCCAGCUCCACCGUACUCCUCUUUUCUCCCGCUUCCCAAACCCAAAUCUCACCACCGCCAGCUCCUCCUCUCCUCCCCCACCUCACUCUCUCGGCACACGCUCCCUAAAGCACCCCCCAUUCUCAAUGACAUUAAUUCCUUGCUUUCUUUACUUAACCUCUCGGUCCAGUAUUCUGACGCUGACCUGGCGAAAGCUAUUCAUGCAUGCUCUCUCAAGUUUCCAGAAGAUAGCUAUUUGGGGAAUUCUCUAGUUUUAGCUUACCUGAAACUGGGUCUUUUAAAUCUUUCUCUCAACGUUUUUGUCUCUCUUUCUUGCCCCAGUGUUGUAACAUACUCGUCCUUGAUUUCGGGUUUUGUGAAAUCAAAUCAAGGGAGCAAAGCGAUACGACUUUUUAUGAAGAUGAGGGCUGAAGGUAUUGAUCCUAACGAGUUCACUUUUGUCGCAAUUUUAAGUGCUUGUGUUAGAAUUUUGGAGUUAGAAUUGGGAUUUCAAGUUCAUGGGUUAGCUAUCAAAUUGGGUUUUUUGGAUAGUACUUUUGUAGCCAAUGCUUUGAUGGGCUUGUACGGGAAAUAUAAGGGGGGUUUGGGGUUUGUUUUUAAUGUGUUUGACGAAAUGCCUGGAAGAGAUGUUGCUUCGUGGAAUACAGUGAUUUCAAGUUUGGUUAAGGAAGGGAUGUAUAAGAAAGCGUUUGAAUAUUUCCGUGUAAUGCAAGGAAUUGGUUGUUUUAGAGCUGAUUUUUUCACUAUUUCCGCUGUUUUGAGUGCUUGUCAAGGAAGCAAUGCUUUUAUGAAAGGCAAAGAAGUUCAUGCUCACGCCAUUAGAAUUGGAUUAGAGGGUAAUUUGAGCGUGAAUAAUGCACUUAUUGGACUUUAUACUAAAUGUGGUAGUGUAGGAGAUGUGGUGGUUUUGUUUGAGAGCAUGCCUGUUAGGGAUGUUAUUACUUGGACUGAAAUGAUUACUGCCUAUAUGGAAUUUGGUUUGGUGGAUUUGGCUGUGGAGGUUUUCAACGAGAUGCCUGAGAAGAAUUGCAUUUCUUACAAUGCUCUUAUGGCGGGAUUCUGCAGAAACGGUGAAGGUUUGAAGGCAGUAAAGUUGUUCAUUGAAAUGGUGGAAGAAGGUUUAGAAUUAACUGAUUUCAGUUUGAGCAGUGUUAUUAAUGCUUGUUCGUUGAUCAUGGAUGCAAGUGCUAGUGAGCAAAUUCAAGGCUUUUGUGUCAAGUUUGGUUUCGGAUCAAAUGUUCAUGUUGAAGCAGCAUUGGUAGAUAUGUGCAUUCGGUGUGGAAGGAUGGCAGAUGCUGAGAAAAUGUUCCACAUUUGGCCUCUUGAACAUGAUAGCUCUGUUGUUUGUACAUCAAUGUUAUGUGGGUAUGCUCGAAACGGACAACCUGAUGAGGCAAUUUCCUUUUUUCAUAGAUGCCGACUAGAAGGAACAAUGGAUAUGGAUGAAGUAACUUUAACUUCCAUCCUCGGUGCAUGUGGAACUUUAGGGUUUCAAGAGAUUGGAGAACAAAUUCACUGCCAUGCUCUUAAAACUGGGUUCAUGACUGAUUUAGGGGUGUUGAAUUCCAUGAUUAGCAUGUACGCCAAAUGUGGGAACAUGAAUGGUGCAAUCAAAAUUUUCAGUGUUAUUCCCAUUUGGGAUGUAGUUUCAUGGAAUGCUUUGAUUGCUGGCCAUAUUCUUCAUAGGCAGGGCGAUGAGGCGUUAUCUGUUUGGUCUAAGAUGCAGGAGGCAGGCAUUCAGCCUGAUACAAUUUCUUUGCUCUUGGUUAUUUCUGCCUAUCGACACACUAACUUGGAUUUAGUGGACAACUGUCGUAGGCUAUUUCUCUCCAUGAGAACCAAUUAUGACAUUGAGCCUACUUCACAGCAUUAUGCUUCCUUUGUUAGUGUUUUAGGACACUGGGGUUUUCUUGAAGAAGCAGAGGAAAUGAUCGAGAAGAUGACUCUCGAGCCAAAGGCAUCUGUUUGGCGUGCUUUGCUCGAUAGUUGCAGAAUUCGAUCGAACACGAAGAUAGGGAAACGAGUGGCAAAGCACAUACUUGCAAUGAAGCCACAGGAUCCCUCUACAUACAUACUCAUUUCAAAUCUAUACUCUGCAUCUGGGAGAUGGCAUUGCUCUGAAAUGGUCAGAGAGGAUAUGAGAGAAAAGGGUUUCCGGAAAAACCCGGCCCGAAGUUGGAUCAUUCAUCAGAACAGCGUACACUCAUUCUAUGCAAGAGACAAAUCGCAUCACCAAACGAAAGACAUCUUUCGAGGGCUGGAAAUUCUAGAUUUGGAAUGCAAAAAAGCCGGCUAUGUCCCGGACACGAGCUUUGUUCUUCAUGAGGUGGAGGAGCAUCAGAAGAAGGAUUUCUUACUGUAUCAUAGUGCAAAACUAGCAACAACAUACGGGCUUUUGAUGACCAAGCGUGGGGAACCCAUAAGGAUUGUGAAGAACAUCCAUGUAUGUGGAGACUGCCAUACGUUUAUGAAAUUCGUUUCAAUCAUCACAAAGAGAGAGAUCUUGUUGAGGGAUGCAUCUGGAUUUCAUUGCUUUCGAAAUGGGCAGUGCUCUUGUAAAGAUUAUUGGUGAUUUAUCUUUUGCUAUAUAUUCGAUAAACCUCAUUCAAUGCU